CCCUGAUCCGCGACAGUUGGGCAUAUUUGCCUGGGCGGACUGGCCCCGGUCUCCCAGCUCCCGGUCCACCUCCCUGCUCCUUGCUCGCGCACACACAUCCCCCACGCCCGCCCUCGCCGAUCGCCUCAUCCCCCCCCCCUCCUUCCGACACCCGGCCUCCUCCCUUGCUUGCCCGCGCACCUUUGCCCACCCCCCUUUCCGCGGACCAUCGAUGGCCGCUCAGGAAGUCGAGCGCCUCCCCACCCUGACGACCGGCCUCGGGGUGGGUAACGACAACACCAUGGCCGCCGAGAUGGCUCAGGGCGAGUCUGCCGCCUCGCCCUUUGCCGCUGGUGCCAAGCGCACCCUGCACGAGAUCCUGGCCGAGGCCGCCCAUGUCGACCCGAGCGCCUCGUCCACCUACCAGCUCACCUCCCUGGACCCCACUCCCUCAACCAAGGACCUGCUCAAGCGCAACCCGGCCUAUACCCCCUCCGAGCCGCUGGACCCCAACUCGGUCGGCAUUGUCCCGAAGGGCCUGCUGGAGUCUGUUGAUGCGGAUGAGUUCCUGCGCAAGGCUGCCCACCAGCCCAUCGUCACCUUUGAUGACCACACUCCCGAGUCCUGGGUGUACCCCAUCGUGGUGCUGAUCACCCACCUGUCGUACAUCACUCUGACCGUGUUUGGCCACAUUCGUGACUUCUUCGGCAAGUUCCUCCGCCCCCAGGGCUACAACCAUCUGAAGGAGGAGGGCUAUGCCCCUCUCUAUUCGGAUUUCGAGAGCUUCUACACUCGCCGCAUCUACAUUCGUACUCGCGACUGCUUCAACCGCCCGAUCACUGGUGUGGCCGGCGCUCGGCUUACCCUCCUCGAGCGCGUGACCAAGGACUACAACAAGACUUUCCAGCUUACUGGCCGCACUCGCGAGGUCAUCAACAUGGGCUCCUACAAUUACCUUGGCUUCGCUCAGAAUGAGGGCCGCUGUGCCGACGAGGUGGAGCUGUCUCUGCGUGCCCACGGUGUCUCCUACAACAGCCCUCGCGCCGAGGCCGGCACCCAUGCCCUGCAUGUGGAGCUCGAGAAGCUGACCGCCGAGUUUGUCGGCACCGAGGAUGCGAUUGUUUGCUCCAUGGGCUUCGCCACCAACUCCACCAUCAUUCCGGCCCUCAUGGGCAAGGGCUGCCUCAUCGUGAGUGACGAGCUUAACCACGCGUCCAUCAUCAACGGCUGCCGUAACUCCGGCUCCACCACCCGCGUCUUCAAGCACAACUGUGCCGCCGACCUUGAGCGCGUUCUCCGCCAGGCCAUUGCCUCUGGCCAGCCGCGCACCCACCGCCCGUGGCGCAAGAUCAUGAUCAUUGUUGAGGGCAUCUACUCGAUGGAGGGCUCUGUCUGCGAUCUGCCGCGCAUUGUCGAGCUGAAGAAGAAGUACAAGUGCUACCUCUAUGUUGAUGAGGCUCACUCGAUUGGCGCCCUCGGUCCCCGUGGCCGCGGUAUUUGCGACUACUGGGCCGUGCCUACCACCGAUGUGGACAUCCUCAUGGGCACCUUCACCAAGUCCUUCGGUGCGGCCGGUGGUUAUGUUGCCAGUAGCAAGGCCAUCAUCGACACCAUCCGUGCCCGGGCCCAUAGCUCCAUUUACUCCGAGACCAUGCCCCCUCCGGUCUGCCAGCAGGUCAUCUCCUCGCUGUCCAUCAUUAUGGGCCGCGACGGCACCAACGACGGCCUGGACCGCAUCAAGAAGCUCCGCGACAACAGCAUGUACCUCCGCCGGCGUCUGGUCGAUGCUGGCUUCGUGGUCUAUGGCGACGAGGACACCCCGGUCAUUCCGGUCCUCCUCUACAACCCGUCCAAUGUCCGUCACAUUGGCACAUCCUUCCUCAAGCGCGGCAUUGCUGUGGUGGUCGUCGGCUUCCCGGCCACCCCCCUGGUCACCUCCCGCAUGCGCAUUUGCAUUUCGUCUGCCCAUACUCGCGAGGACCUGGACAAGACCUUCGAUGCACUGAUCGAGGAGUCUACCGAGACCAUGAUUCGCCUCAACUACAAGGCUACCUAAGUGUGCGAGCACAUGCGCGCGUCUAUACACACGCGUAUGCAUCAGGAGGGGAUUUCUCCAGCGCCCCCAAGGAGCCGGGCAUGGGACUCUGUCUGUAGUACGCAAGGCUGCGAGCGGCGCAAAGAGCGCGGGGAGAGGGGACCAUGGAGAGAUGGUGUGCGUACAUGUCCUCACGCAUGUACAAAGUGUCAUGCGCACACGAUCCCUCCUUACUCUCGCUCCCCCAGUACCCAUGUCCCCCUCCCCCUCCCUCCGCGAUCCUCCACACAUUAGCAGGGCGACCAGUAGAUUAGGCGCCCAAUGAGAGCGAGAGCACGGGCAAAGGAUUCGUCGAAUGUCCUCCCUCCUCCGCUGCCUCCCUGCUGCGCUUCUCCCCCUCCCCCCUCCCUUUUUUACUAUGUACACACCAUGCGUGUGCUCCCUAUCACAGCUGGGACCUCGCGUGUGCGCGCGCCCCUCCCCCUCCCUCCCCCUACCCUUCAAAUAUACCUCAAACAACAA